AUGCUUCAGUUCGGGGCAAGAACCCCAGACCCACCGUCGCCGCGAGAGACGCCCGUGACCUCGGGGCCCCAGCUCGAGCGGCCUCCGCCGGCGGGAGGCGAGGGCAGCCGCGGCACCGGGGAGAGCCGCUUCUCGUGCGACGUGUGCGGCAAGAGCUUCGCCUACACCUCCUCGCUGUCCCGGCACAAGAGCGGCCACGCCGGCGGGACCUGGCACGAGUGCGAGGCCUGCGGAAAGGGCUUCGUCUACCUGGCCAAGCUCAACACGCACCGGCGCACCCACGACAAGGCGCGGCUCUAUGCUUGCCAGGACUGCGGCAAGGGCUACCUCCACCCCUCGGUGCUGGAGGCCCACCGGCGCUCCCACACCGGCGAGCGGCCCUUCACCUGCCCGGUGUGCGGCAAGGGCUUUGCCCAGUCCUCCGCCCUCUGGUCCCACCGGCGGGUCCACAGCGAGGAGAGGCCCUUCGGCUGCGCCGAGUGCGGUAAGCGCUUCAAGAGCGCCCAGUGCCUGAUGAAGCACCAGCGGGUCCACACCGGGGAGCGGCCCUUCGCCUGCCCUCUCUGCCGCAAGCGCUUUGUCAGCGCCGGCGGGCUGCUGACCCACCAGCGGGUCCACACCGGCGAGCGGCCCUUCGCCUGCCCCGCCUGCGGCAAGCGCUUCGCCCACGCCUUCAGCCUGCGCACCCACCAGCGGGUCCACACCGGCGAGCGCCCCUACCCCUGCCCCGUGUGCGGCAAGCGCUUCACCCAGUCCUUCAGCCUGCGCACCCACCAGCGGGUCCACACCGGCGAGCGCCCCUUCACCUGCCCCGAGUGCGGCAAAGGCUUCACCUACUCCUCCAGCCUGCUGGGCCACCGGCGGGUCCACACCGGCGAGCGCCCCUUCACCUGCCCGGCCUGCGGCAAGGGCUUCACCUACCUGUCCAACCUCCAAGCCCACCGGAGGGUCCACGCCCGGGGAGCGGCAGUCCGCCUGCCCCGAGUGCGGCAAGGUCCCCUGAAGGAACCCGCGGCCCGAGAUUAGCAACCAGCCCCGGUACCCUUCCCCUUAA